AUGAGUGAGGCGGCUCCGUCGUCCUCAUCGCAUUCUGUAGUCGUUGAACCGCCGGAUUCAAUUUUUUCCCAAGGAGAAACUGCCGACUCGUCACAGGCUCCGUGGUGGCAGAGAACAAUCCUGACAAAGGAUAAGGUUCUAUUCGGUACUUGGGAUGGAGUCUUCGCCACUGUUAUGGUCAAUAUUUUCGGAAUUAUCGUAUUCCUUCGUCUUGGAUGGAUUGUUGGAACUGCUGGAGUAGCCAACUCGAUUCUUCUUUUAGGAAUAUGCACUGCUCUUGCUCUUAUUACUGUUUUCUCGGCUAUUGGAAUUGUAGAAAGAUGUCAAAUUAAGUCUGGCGGAAUAUAUUUCCUGGUUUCUCAUGUACUUGGUCACCAACUCGGAGGAGCUGUUGGAAUUAUUUAUGCAUUUGGACAAGCUGUGGCCACUGGGCUUGUAGCUGUUGGAUUCGGAGAAUCUGUUGCCCAUUUAUUCGAAUCGGAAAGCAAAGUGUUGAUUAAAGUGAUUGCUAUACUGACCCUUAUGGUCCUAACAGCUGUGAAUACUGCUGGAGUCACCUGGGUUGUCCGUCUACAAAUUGUUCUUCUCAUGACUAUCGCCCUUGCUGUCACUGAUUUCAUUUUUGGAGCCCUCUUCACAAGUGAACCAGAAUCUGGAGUAUUCCGUUUUUCAUCUGCCCGUAUUCGUGUCAAUGCUGAAGCUCAUUAUGAAGCAGUCAAUUGUUCAAUUGUUGGAAUUCCUCGUCAGAUUCCUGAACAAUCGUUCUUCACUGUUUUUGGAGUUUUCUUUGCCAAUUUUCUUGGAGUUUUAGCUGGAGUGAAUAUGAGUGGAGACCUCAAAGAUCCUCAUAAAAGUAUUCCACUUGGAGAGUUGUCUGCAGUGGGUGUCAGUUCUACAAUUUGUUUCGUUUUCAUAAUGAUUCUCGGUGGAGCUGUUGACAGAAUGUCGUUACUCUGUGAUGUUAUGAUCUCCGAAAAAGUUGCCCUCACAGGGAUUGUGUUUCUGGUUGGAUUAUAUGUAUGCUCGUUGUCGUCUACUGUUGGAUCAUUGCUUGGAACUCCACGUGUUUUACAAGGAAUUGCUGAAGAAGGGAUAAUCCCAUGUUUGAAUGUUCUUGCGAGAGGGGUUGGUCCAAACGACAAUCCUGUACUUGCUGGAUAUCUUCUAAUGGGUGUUGCAUCGCUGUUCGUACUUUUAGGAGAUUUAAAUCAACUGGCUAUUCUUUCAACAAUGCCUUUCUUGAUUACUUAUGCCUACGUCAACUAUUCUUAUGUAUCUCUUGCAAUGAGCUACGAUCUCGCAACUGUCCAGCAUGCUUCGGAAGUAGAAACUGUUGGAUACGGUUCUACGACAAAGGUUAACGAACUGAAUGAACUUUUCCCUGAACGAAGAGAUGUAAAUAUCACAAGCACCGAGGAAGCUGAAACUGGAAUAAUUACACAAGAAGCCACGUGGUACUCUAUGUUCAGCAAUAGAUAUGUUUCUUUUCUUGGAUUUUUGGUAAACCUAGCCAUUCUUCUCUUGAUUCACUUCUGGUUCGCCGUCGCUCAUUUUGCCGCACUUAUUGCUCUAUACUGGUACAUUGGUAGAAUUCUUUGCGAUCAAGUGCCACAGACUGCAUUCACUAGCGACGUAUCAACUUCGCAACAAAACGAAGCCAACCCCGACUAUCAAGACCGCCGCCAAUAUCAUCACUCUGAGAACGUUACUCAUCAGUUAGAUUAA